CAGCCAUCACCCCAGUGUGUCCUCCCACUAGCUCUUUUGAACCCCAGUCUAUGUGACCCCCUCCCAGCAGCCCUGUGUGACCUGUUCUGUCUAUUCCCCCCCCCCCCCCAUCCCAUAUCCUGUGCCUCCUCUCCUGGCCCCAUGGGCAAGGUGCUGUGAAGAACACAGACUGUCCUCCCUAUCCAUGGUUGGAUGCUCUGGCCUGUGAGCUGGCUGUCUUCUGUUCUGGCACCACAGCAGUCCCUGGUGGGUGAAAGGCAUAAUUGCAGCACCUCUCCAGUAGAACGUAUUUUCUGCGGAGAAAAAAACUCUGCAGGGCACAUGAAUUCUGUGCGUACGCAAUGGCACAGAAUUCCCGCAGGAAUAGGUCCUGCCAAAACAGAACCGUUAGAAGCAGUACUGAGUGUCUGUAUGGCUGUAUUAAACCAUUGCAAGGACAUAAGUCAACCAAUCUUUUCAUGCAGAUAGUUUCCUACAUGGGUCCAGAGUUUGUCAGUAGCAAUGGCGAUUUUUUGUGAUUUGGAUACCCCUCCACUGGGAACCAAACUAAUUUCAGAUGGGACACUGAAUAGCCAAUAAAUAGGAGAUGCUUUUGGUUACUGUCAACCUGGAUUGGAUUCAAACUAGCAACUUAGAAAGUGAAAAGUCUUUAUCUAGCCCAUUACCAACCCCCUGUACUAUCCAGUCCUCAGUUGGGAGAGUGAUUCAUUUAAAAACAGUUUCUUCUUUAAGUGACAGUUAAAGGAAAACACCAGAGUCUGGAAUUUGGUGAGAUUCCAAUGGCCUUUCACCUACUUUUUCAUGUAUGCAGGAUAACCCUCCCACUACAAGAACCAGUCAUAAUGAAGCUCAGCGACCCUGUUCUCACUCAGGCUGUGUAUUUCCAUUCUCUGUGCUGUGUUUCCACUUGUGAAAUGCAGCAUCACUUCUCCUUGAGUCUAUGAGGCUACAGAAAACAACAAAAAGGAAAGAGCCCCGUCCCACCAUGCAGAAGUUAGUGUCAGUCAAUCAAAAAUGUUUUUGAAAUGUAACAGCAGUUUAGCUCUGAAAUAAAGUCACAGCAAGUGGCUGAGGUACCAAGUGGCCCUCUAGGGGGAAUGUGGGAAUGGAGUUUGAAGAGGUGUCGUGUCGUCGUUCUCUUACGCACCUCCCCCCCCCCCCCCGAACAUGGCUUGGUGAAAAGUUCUGUGUGGUUAUGAGUACCGUGUGUUAGCCACAGAUUAUGGGACAUUUGUGAUUCUCAUACUUGUGGAUCUCUCUGAGCUCUAGCCAUCAUUAACUGAGAUGCUGUUUACUUCCUUGCAGACCUGGCAGGGCUAAGUGGACAUGUGUUGUGGUGUCUCUGUUUCUUCCUCAUAUAGUAAAGCCAGAAAGUGGUGAUGGAUAACAGCACCUCUCCUAGAGCUUGGAUCAGCUGCCACACUAUCUACUGGAAUAAGUCGCAUUUUCUGGGACCACACCUGCAUACUAAAAGUGAGAUUGUUGUUCCAGCAGCUGACUCUCGGCCUGUGUUGAUGCCAGAGGGAUCAGGAGAGAAGGGCUAAGGGAAAGGAGUGUGGUCCUUUGCCAGGAAACUCUACAAAAGCAGCUCCCACCAGAGGGAAUAUUAGCAUCAUAAAGAUGAAGGGAGAUGCUGCAUAUUCCACGGUGGGCUCACGGCAGAAGCAGGCAGGGAAGCUCUGGGACUCUAUGAAGACAACUGGCUUCAUACUGGGCACUGGUCUGCUGCUGUUUGCUGCCUUCAGGAACUCCGUCACCUGGCACUUGCAGAAGUUCUGGGGGGCUUCGGGCAAUUUCUGGCAGGCACAAUGGGAGAAAGUGCUCCACCUGCUUGGAGGAAACCAAUGGGCAAUUUUCUUUCUAGGCACGGCCUUAGUUCCAAGCCUUGUUUUCUGGUGCUUCAAUGGACUCCUGAUGGUGGCAGAUGGGACCGGAAAGCCCAAUUUCAUCACCCGGUACCGAAUUCAGUUGGGCAAAAACGACCCUGUGGACCCAGCGAAGCUGCAGCAGGCUGUUCAAACAGUGCUGUUUAAUCAGGUUUUCAUCUCUCUCCCAAUGAUGAUGCUCAUGCUUCCCAUCAUGAAAUGGCGGGGACAGCCCUGCAGUGAGGAACUACCCACCUUUCACUGGUUCCUGCUGGAGUUGUCCAUUUUUACCCUGGUGGAGGAAAUUCUCUUCUACUAUUCACACCGGCUUGUUCAUCACCCGCUUCUGUACAAGCGCAUACACAAGAAGCACCAUGAAUGGACCGCUCCCAUUGGUGUAGUCUCCCUCUAUGCUCAUCCGGUCGAGCACCUGUUUUCCAACAUGUUGCCUUUGCUGGUGGGUCCGAUAAUCCUGGGAUCCCAUGUUGCUUCCAUCAUGGUGUGGCUCUGCCUUGCUAUUCUGGCUUCAUCCAUCUCGCACUGCGGCUAUCACCUGCCUUUCCUCCCCUCGCCGGAAUUCCACGACUUCCACCACCUCAAGUUCAAUCAGUGCUACGGAGUCCUGGGGGUGCUGGACCGCCUGCAUGGAACGGACACGCUCUUCAAGCGAACCAAGGCCUACGAGAGGCAUGUCAUCCUGUUGAGCCUUACCCCUCUCACGGAGAGCAUUCCCGACUCACCCAAGAAAGCCAAGUGAACCCGCCUCCCCUGCGGCUUGCACAGGGGAAUCAUGAGAGCUAGGAACCAUGAUUAUGCCAAGUAAUUUUCUAAUGAGCAGGUUAUUGUUCAUCCUAAGUGUCGAAGACAAAGCGGAACCGUAACCCCUUGCUGGUGACAUUUGAACUUGCUUCCCUUCAGUCCCCACUAGCCCGGAGUGCAGAGCUCAGCUCCAGGCAGCAGUCCUACAGCUGGGGAGCCUCCUGAAGCGAGUGUAGGGUUUUUUUAGUCCCCUGGAUCAAGCUGCCCACAGACUGCCCUGUGCAGGUUUCCUUCCAGCCCCACAGAAAUGGCUGCUGUUCAGAUCUCCCAUUUCCUGCUUGAGGCUUUUGGACCCAGGACGAAAUCUCACCUGCAUUGCAUGGGGAGUCACAGGGGAAUUCAAGAGCACUGCACUCCAGGCAUUCAGCCUGGCCUGAUCUCAUCCCAGCACUCUGGGCCUGGGAGAAUCAUCCUGAACACCCCAUGGAAACAUGCUUAUUGGGGCAAUGUGGCCCUUUGUAACCACUUCACCAGCACCAUCAGCCCUGAAAGCUCAACUUCCCACAGUACGGUUACUCCCCAUACCUAUGAAAUAAGGGCUUCAAACGUCAAAUGGUCACUAAUCACCGGCAAGGGUCAGGCAGAUGCUACCCCCACACAGUCCAGCGCUGCAUUACUGGGAGCACUACAUAGGUUUUAUCCUUUUAACAAUGCUGAGGAUGAAGCCAAAAUGCAAGUCACUAAGGGAACUUUCUAGGAGGGUGGCUCUGGGGCUGAAGUCUCAUUAGCACAGCUAGUAGGGGCUGACUGCCCCAUCCCACAGGGACUCACCUCACUUCCAACACAACAAAGCAGGCAGAGGGAAACCCCUAGGAUUGCAUAAAGUUAUACAUGAUGGACGAGCUCCCCGCCAUCACUGUUCUCCUGAGCUGUUUGGUAGGGAGAGCUGCAAAACCCUUAAACAAAAUGGCCUCCCUGUCAGAAAACCACUACACAACUGAAAGUAUCACAAAGCACCCAGAGCAGCGAGUGCUGAAAGCCAGGACUGGGUGUGUUGGCAGAGCAGUAUGGGGGCUUGGGACAGGAACAAGCAAGGGAAGAGUACACUGGAUUGAGACUAAGCAGUCCUACAAGAGCUCUUCUGCAGAGACCUUGGUAUAGUGCCCAGCUGCAGUGUACUUGUCAGGUGCCAUCAGCGUCUCACCUUCACAGUAUUCAUUCCACAUGAGACGUGUCUGAUCUGUAGCUCAGACCCUGUGACCCCAGAGCAAGACUGAGAAGAGCAAGGAAGUUUGUAGGGACAGGAGAGUCCAUACCACACUGUCUUUUGAGGUUUUUAUUUUUAUACAUUUUUUUGUAUUAAAAAGGAAAAAGCAUAAUUACCACAAAUUACAAAGGACUAAAGCAUUACUAGAAUAAUGAAUCACAUCAGCCUAGAAAGCAGAUACUCUGAAUAAUAUUAAUGUUAUAAUACAAGCUCUCAUUCAAGUAUUUUACAUUUUUUUUGUUGUUGUUUUUUCUUUUCCUUUUAAAUGGGAUGAUGAUCCUGGCACACGAGUUAAGAUUACGUACUAUUAACAGAAGAUGGAUCACAGAGUAGGUUGUAUUAACAAGAUUUUCCUCCCCAGUGAUGAGUGGUCUGAGAAGUCAUUUUAAAUUUGUCUCUACAAUAAAACGCAGCUAAAGAAGGUUGCAAAACACUUUUUCUCUUUUGUUUUUGGGAGUAGAGGGAUGCGGUUGGGACAGAGACAGAGCCUGGUUGGAAAGGGUAGCCAGAUCAAACUAAUAUCCCCUUUUGUUCUGGCUGAGUGAUUGAGCAUCUAGACAAAAACCACUGGAAAACCCACCCUGCCCCAACCACCACCAGUUAAACUCAGUGUCAAUUUCCAAGUCGGAAUCCAUGGGCUGGGGUUCCAACCCCAAUGAUAGUACAUUCCACAGGGACCAACCAAGGCUGGGGUUGGCAAGGGAAGAGAGUUCAGCCAUCCUUUCCCCCAGGCACACAACACUAUGCCAGGAAGACUCCAAUGGAUGAAAUGAUACCAAGCCCCUGUCUCCCAGGGAUAUCAUUGGUACAAGCCAACCUAUUGUACAAGACUGAUAUUCUGGAGGUGAUGAGAAGUGGGAAUGUUCCACUGAGGAAUAAAGAGGAGGGGUUGGGGUGUUAGUUGAAAUACAUCUGACUUUUGACAUGAAAAAAGUGUCUAUAAAAACCAAAAUGGAUAGGUUUAAGCCCAUGCCCUUUCACGCUCAGAGAGCUUCCAACAAUAGGGUGUGCUUGUCACAGAUACAUCGGUCCUAUGUUCAAGUGUCUUCAGAAACUGAAGAUGUAAACGACUCUUUGAAACGUUACCCCUAGAAUUUUUUUAAGUCACUCCACCCAAUCCACAUCAGAGAUGAAACUGUUUUCAAAAAACAAGAACAAACAAAAAAAAAACCCCAAACCAAAACCCACACCCACUCUCCUCUAUUAUUAUAGGAAUUGGAAAUUAAAACUAAAAAGUCAGUGAGGCAUUUAACAUCAAGUGUAGCAACCCUCUCCUUAUUAAGAGCCUAACGUUGAUUCCAAAAGAAAGCGAGCUGACAACCCAAGGUCUCGGAGAAGACACACACAGAGGAUAUAGAGUGUUGCAAACAAUCUGCUACAUAUACGGGGGUGGGUGGGUGUGGGUGUGUGUGCAAACAGUCUACAUAUACAGGGGGUGUGUGUGUGUUUGCUUGAUAAACAAAGUAUAGAUCAGAAAGGCAUUAACAGCUAAAAGGCUCCCCUCCGCAUUGUCGUAUUCUACAUGUACAGAAGUAUGGCAGAGUAUUGAGGUUAAUGUCAUUUGUUACAGUACAGUCAACCAAUCAGAAGCAGAGUGAGUGAACCUGGGCAGAAUCCAACAAUUACAGAUAACCACCAGGAGGGGGAAACAAGCCACGAGGAGCAGACAGAGCAGCAGCACCUACACACGUUUUCCACAAAAACCCCAAAAC